AAACCCUGGAGGGCGUUGUAUAUAUAGUAACAAAUCGUACGUCGAGGAUUAUGUUGCCGUGAAAAUCCUCUCUUGCUGCUUUUGCCGACUCUUUUGCCUAGUUACAAUUUUUUCAGACCCCGAAGCUGUCGAGCCCUGCAAGAUUUCGAUGCGCAUUGCGCGUUGUCCGAUCUCUCCAUCCUCCCUAUGAAAUGGCAUCCGGAGGACUUUUGUUCUCCUCCCCCGUCAGAGCACAAGCGGACUCGCUCAUCGUCCUCUCGUCCUCCCCGGAGUUCCCCUCUAUCAGCGAGCUGAUCCCGAAGACCACGAGGAGGCCGCCUUUGCGAAGCGGAAGCCGAGCUGCCCCGAUCCCCGACGAUGCCCCGAAGACCUUCACCACCGCAGCCAGCCUCUGGCGGUCCCUCGACAAUGACGAGGAUAUUAUAGAGGUAGAUUUUGAGAAAGAGGUGAAACCACCUGCAAGAAAGACAACGAGGAAGCCUGUGGCGACGUCGCCCAUCAACUUCUCGCGGGACGUGCCCCCUAAGGAGAAGGCAUCCCUCAGUCGCCCAACAAGAGCAGUCGAAAAAGAAGCAACGAAGAUUCCUGAGCAGAAAGCAAUGGAGAUUGUGGAGGCUUUACCCCUCGACGACCCCGCCACUUUGGCGAAGGAAAAAACGCGGAAGAAGACCAAGUCGGCGAAGGACACAAAGGACACAAAGGAUGGCCAAACAAAGAUGCCCAAGGGCAAGGUUACCAAGCCUACCGUAAAAGGGAAAUCUGGGAGGAAAUCAGAGGUAGUCAGCAGGCACUUCCGGACCAACACGCCCCCCGCCGAGCAGAUAGAAAUCGAGGACACGAUCGAACUCGAGCCGGCCCUCAAGAGGAGGACUGAUUGGACACCGACGCAAGACACAGGGUCGGCAAAACUGCAACUCGAUUCGUCCCCUGUGAAAGAAGUUACUUCGCCUUCCCUGCACAGUGGAAAGUCAGCAGUUGUGUCGUCAGAUGCAGUCUUUAAAACCCUACGUGACACGUAUGGCUGCAAACAGGACGAGGUGCUGGCCAGGGUCUCCAGUGAUGUUGCUGGCGCGGUCGACGUUUUACGGAAGCGAAAACAGCUUGACCUGCUCACGACAAGCGAAGCAAAGACGCCAGAGACAUCCCCGGUCAGGUCCAAGGCGCCGAAGAAAAAACCUCGUACCAUCACCGAGCUGGCCACCGCAGCUUACAGAGUGCCCCAAGAUCAAGAUGAAGCCGCCGAUGCGAAGCCGCCACCCGGUGAUUCUUUGCUACGAUAUCUCGACGCGGAUGAUGGUGGGCAGACAGGGGGGACUGGCAAGACGGUGGCAGGGAAGGGGAAAAUCCCAAAGAAGAGAGCGAAGCCGAAGACGGCGAAGAAAGUAGAGCCCCCUCGACAGAGACUGCUCUCGCCAGCCUCUGCCAUGCGACAAGUGUCCAACCAGGAUUUUGUCUUUGGCACAUCGAGCCAGUUGGCAACAGAGCAAGACCCUGGCCUCCUACGAGACUUGCAGGAGGCAAUGCGAAUAUCCAACCAGGAGAACGAUGAUGAUGUCUUCGCGACUCCACUUAGAAGUGAAAAAUUUGACAGGCCUUCUGGAAAUCGCCUGUGGGCCGCUGGCGCGAGGGAUACCAAGGGGGAUCUUCUCAGCAUCGAGGUGAUCGACCUCGUGGAUUCGCCUGCCAUUCUCAAAGAUCUUACAAACCCGGCUGUAAUUAACACUCUUGUGGCCGAUUCAGCACCUAAACAAGACACCAAGAAAGGUCAAGCGGAGCCUGCGGCACCUGAAGUCAAACCACUGGAUCUUGGUAACUCUGCCCGGUGUACUAAUACAAAACCUCGCCUCUUGUCAACGCUAGAGCAGAUUGUUCCUCUCAAGGCAUCGGUGCCACUUGCUUCAGCCAAACUUCCUCUAUAUCCCGCAGCGAAUUCAGUCCUCAACACGAUGGACCUCGGUGACGAACCGCCAGCAAGCAACCAGGAACAGAAUCAGCUCAUGGAGCUGAUACAGGAAACAUCGACGACCAGUUCACACGGAGAAGGAGGAGAGGCCCCACGGCCUAAAUACGAGCUGUACACAGAUGGGCAACUGGCGACGGCACUUCGGGGAUAUGGGUUUAAAGUUGUCAAGAGAAGGACGGCAAUGAUAGCACUGCUGGACCAGUGCUGGGCGAGCAAGAACAAGGCGGCGCAAGGGUCUCACGUGCCUACAGCAGCCCUGUCCACUUCUUCGACAACGCAGAUUAAGGCGGCGCCGGCAGCUUCAGCUCCAUCGGCCACUCGACCACGAGGACGACCGAGGAAAGAGACAGGUGCUAGCACAGCGCCUUCGACGGCGAUGGCAUCGACCUCCACUCCGGCAUCACCAGCAAAACGACCACGUGGCAGACCGAGAAAGGAUUCGAAAACAGCCACGCAGCCAAAGGUGACCAAGACAAAGGCCGCAGCAUCGAAAAUAGCUGUUCCUCAGCCUCGAGAAUCGCCGCAACUUCCAAAGGCAUCGACAAUAAGCCGCCCGAAAGCGGUGGCCCGAUCCUUCAUCGAGAUCGCCGACUCGGAGUCCGAGGACGCGUCUGUAUUCAACUCAUCCCGCUCGGCCUCCCCCGAGCCGGAGAAAACCUUCUCGUCGCCCCUGCCGGCCGACGUGUCUAUAGACGAGGGCAGCACCGAUCUCUCGCUGACGGCCAGCCCCACCAGCCGGGAGGCGAACCUCUUUGAGUUCAUCACCAAGGCGGUGACGACGGCGCCGCGGUCGGUGGACGCGCGCGACCCGUCGUGGCACGAGAAGAUGCUCAUGUACGACCCGGUGGUGCUCGAGGACCUCGCGGCGUGGCUCAACUCGGGCCAGCUCGACCGGGUCGGGUACGACAGUGAGGUGGCGCCUGGGGAGGUCAAGAAGUGGUGCGAGAGCAAGAGCGUUUGUUGUUUGUGGAGAUUCAACCUCAAUGGGCAGGAGAGGAAGCGCUUCUGAGAGGAGGAGGGUGUUGGAUGGGAAUGUAUUAUUAGGUAUUUGGUGUUUUGCUUGCGGGAGGGGGUUUUAAACAUGAGUCCCAAGGCCAUACUUGUGAGGCUACCCACUGUAUUACGGCCUACUUUCUUCCUACCUUGGAGGUACCUAUGUAGUAACGAAUUUCUAUGUCUGAACGAUGGGAUGAGACCGAAUUUGUAUAUACAGCUCAUACGU